AUGAUGACAAGCAAGCCUUGGCAGGUUUGCUGCAAUGCUUUGAUGGCAGCUCUUUCCAGAGGUAACCAAUGGCAACGGGCUGCAAGUUUGAUGGUGGACUUUCAGCAAAUGUCCGUGCAGCCAGCGCUUCAAGCCGUCACUGCUGUGGCAUCUGCCUGUGGAAAAGCUUCAACUUCACCAGACUCCAAGGGCUUCUGCGUUGCAAUCGAUGCUUGCGGCAGAGGUGCCGCUUGGCAUGCGGCACUUGCAUUCUUUGCCACGGCUCGCGUCCGGCUGGAUUUGGCGAUGGUGAAUGCAAUGGGGAGGGGCUCGCAUUGGAAUCAGGCAUUGCGCUUAUUCAGCACUGAUUUUCCUCAAUCUCCAGCUUCGAUUGGCGCCCUCAUGUCUUGUCUAGCUAGCUCUACAGAGUGGGAGAAGUGCUUGGACCUGCUCCUGACUUCCUCGCUUCCGGAUGCACCUGCCAUUUCGUCGACCAUUCUUGCGUGUGAGCAGGGCAGUGCCUGGGCUACAGCAAUGCUUUUGGUUGAUGACGCAGCUCGGAUGCUGGUUCUGAAUCUGGACAGUACCGCGCUAUUGGCGCCUGUGAGGAGUGCUCUGCACUUGCAUCAGGCUAGACACGGUCCAGUCUUGUCGCAGCGAUCUGCUGUUGCAGCUGUUGUGCAAGGCUCCAUCCUUGCUAGUGACCUAGCACUUGCUGAGCAGGAAUCAGCCUUGACUUUGCUGCUGCACGUGGAAGCCGCCUCGCAAGGAGCGGCCGUUUGCCGAGCAUUUAGUCGCAAGGUUACGAAGACAGUCCGACAGCAUCUGGCUAUUCCGAGCAAGAUGGGACCAGCGUUAGGCCUCAUGCUUGGCAUCCUUGCUGAUCUGGGACCGGUCCUGUCACGUGACGUCUUGUGCACAGCCCAUCCCCCAACAGCUGCCAUCUCAUGGAGGCCGUCCGCCGCUGCCGCUGUUGCCAAGAGCUUUGCAGUUGAACCAAUGCCGUUGCCCUCGCGGCCUCUGGCACGUCGGUUGCGUAUCUGGCUCGCGGCAGGGCUGCUCAUUCGCAACACCAGCCUUGACAUGCAUGAAGUGCUGAUGACGAAUUAG